AAUAUCUUUUCAGUAGUCUUUCUUUGUGCUUUCAUUCUUUUGUUGGAACCUGGGUUCAGCCAAGGGGGACGCUAUUAGCCUAGACCGACCGCCCGCCCGCCGCAUGCCCACACUCUACCCAUCUCCCCCAAGGACCGGAGUCCUUCCUAAGCCUUUUCGACCUCAGGCCACAAGUUUUCUUGAACAUCCUCAAGGCAAUUCUUCCAUGUCAAUGCAGUUUCGACCUGCAGUACCCCAUGCUCCUGCUAUUCCACCAUCCAUGACUGCACAGGAAGUUGCACCUCCUGCAAUUCUAACAACUCCAGUUCUAUCAUCUGCAGUUCCAACUCAAUUAAACAAUCCUUACCAAUUUCAGCAUGUUGGCCAUGCAAACAAUGGCUUACCUUCUCAGCAUGGCCAGCAUUUUCAAUUUUCACACUCUGUGCAUCAGCUCCCUGCAAGACCAGGCCAGGUGGGGCAUAGUAUACAGACAUCAAAAGCAGCAUUACCAGUUCCAGAAUUCCAUCCACACCCAGUUAUAGCCUUGUUACCAAGGCCAUUGACGAAUAAUCCAAUUCCUAAUACUAAUUAUGCGGCAGACCUUGGUGCUCCACAUAUACCUCUUUCAUCAUCUUAUACGUUUGAUUCAUCAGCUGGAGCACAACUCCAAGUAAAUGAUGAUGCAUCACCCCAUUACCAACCAACAACCCCUCUACAGGACUCCAGUUCCUCUAUAGUGGGCCAGCCUUGGGUGCCAGCUGCAAGCCAGAGCAUAACCUCCUUGACACCUGUACAGCACAGUAAUGGACAAUCUCCUGCCAUUGCUACAGCUGCCCCAGCAGGAAUUCUGCAGCCUAGUACAAAUGAAAAGCUUCAAACAGAUUGGAUAGAACAUACGCGUAAUGGAAAAAGAUAUUAUUACAACAAAAUGACACGAUUGUCUACUUGGGAGAAGCCCCAUGAAUUAAUGACAGCUAUUGAGAAAGCUGAUGCAUCAACUCAUUGGAAAGAAUAUACAAGCCCUGGUGGGAAGAAGUAUUAUUAUAAUAGGGUGACUAAGCAAUCAAAGUGGCUAAUCCCUGAUGAACUCAAGAUAGCGCGUGAGAAAGUGAUAUUUAUGGAAUUACAGCUAGGAGAUAACAUUGAUUCUCUUUCACCUGCGUCUUUUGUGGGGGCACUAUCAGUUGAUGAAACAAAAUUAACUUACUUAUCUGAUGGCGUAACAUCAAGUCCUAUACCUGACACAAUGGAUUCUGUUGGUACUGCAUCAGAGCCUGCACAAACUUCUACUUUGCCAGAAUUACCUCUUGAACUUUCAAGCCAAAGUAAAGACCAAAUGCCAUUGAGGGCUGCCACACCAAUCCUUGCUUCUUCAGAGGGUGCCGAAGCUUCUGUUGCUUUUUCCAAUACCAAUACAGUGGAAAUAGAUUCUUCUAGGAAUGAUGAUAUUCUGGCCCCAAAAGAGGUUAACACUAUUGAUAGAUUGUCAUCAGGACAGGUUGAGGGUCCACAGGAAGCUCUGAAAGAGAUGGCAAGUGCUGGAAAUAUAAAAGUUACUUCUUUGGAUCAUAAACCAAUUAUGGCUGAGCCUUUGGUGUUUGAGAAUAAACGGGAGGCAGUACAUGCAUUUAAAGCACUGCUGGAGUCUGCAAAUGUGGGGUUUGAUUGGACAUGGGACCAGGCAAUGAGAGUAAUUAUCAACGAUCCAAGAUAUGGUGCUCUGAGAACACUUGGAGAGAGGAAGCAUGCUUUUAAUGAGUUUGUAGGACAAAAGAAGAAACAGGAAGCAGAUGACAGACGUGCCAGAAAAAAAGAAAACCAGGAAAACUUUCGGAAAAUGUUGGAGGAGUCUAAAGAACUGACAUCAUUCCCUAGAUGGAGCAAAGCUGUAGUUUUCUUUGAGAAUGAUGAACGCUUCAAAGCUGUAGAAUGGGCUGGUGACCGUGAGGACAUUUUUGAAGGUUACAUGGCAGAAGUCAAGAAGAGGGAAAAAGAAAAGGCAUUAGAAGAAAAUAGGCGGAACAAAAUGGAGUAUUUGAACUAUUUGAAAUCUUGUGACUUCAUUAAGGCCAGCAGCCAGUGGAGAAAAGUACAAGACCGCUUAGAGGCUGAUGAACGAUGUUCACGUCUUGAGAAAAUAGACCGCUUGGAUAUCUUUCAGGAGUAUAUACGUGAUCUUGAAAAAGAGGAGGAUGAGCAGAUAAAGAUAAGAAUGGAAGAAUUGAGAAGACUAGAGCGUAGAAAUCGCGACGAGUUCCGGAUGUUGAUGGAAGAACAUGUUGCUGCUGGAAUUCUUACUCCUAAAACUCACUGGAGAGAUUACUUUAUGAAGGUGAAAGACUUGCAGGAAUUUCAAGCAGUAUCAUCAAACACGUCAGGUUCAACUGCAAUGGAGCUGUUUGAAGAUGUGUCCGAGGAGCUACAGAAGCAGUAUCAUGAAGACAAAGCACGUAUCAAGAGUGCAAUCAAAUCAAGAAAGAUCACUUUGUCAUCAAAUUGGACAUUUGAAGACCUUAAGGCUGCAAUUAACGAAAAUACAAGUUCUCCACCAUUGGUAGAUAUCAACUUGAAGCUUGUAUUUGGGGAAUUACUAAAUCGAGUUAAAGACAAAGAGAAAGAAGCUAAAAGGAGGAAACAUCUUGCUGAUGAUUUCUAUGAUCUUUUGUGUUCCUUAAAGGAUGUAACGUCAAAUUCAAAAUGGGAGGAGUGGAAGCAACUCCUUGAAGAUAGACAAGGGGGCUGGUACAAAGGCGAGGAUUCCGUCUGCAAGGAGAUUUUUGAGAUGUAUAUAACUGAACUGAGGGAGAAGGCAAAAGACAAGGAACGUGAAUGGAGGGAGGAUAAGGCCAAACGAGACAGAGAGUUGAAGGAAAGAGAGAGGAAGAAGCGAAGAAGGGAUAAAGAAAGAGAUUAUGAGGGAAAAACUUGGAGGGGACAACAUAGAAAGGAUGGACCACAUGGAGAACGUGACAGGGCAGAACCAUUUAUACUUGAAGAGGAAAAUAGAUCUAAAAGCAAGAGUACUGAGAAACAUACAAAGGAGCAGAGUUCUAUGGACAAUUUUAGUGCAGAUGAAAAUGACAAAGACCGGUCCAAGAACUCACAUAGUAGGCGUAGCCAUGAUCGAAAGAGAUCCAAAAGGAACGAUCAUUGAGCAAGCAAGCAAGCAAGCCCAUGUAGUUACUGAGAAUAGGCACAAGAGACACAGGAGAGAUCGAUCAUGGAAAUGGGUUCCGAAAGGGAUGAAAUCUAGGAGGAGCUUACAGAAAGGGAACCAGAUGAAGAAGAGUGAGAGAGUUUGGUAGUUUCACAUGAACUGAUUCCUGUUUUGUGUUCCCAUCAUCAUAAUAUAUAGAUGAUUUAUUAUUGGUUGAUAAUUUACCAUGUGGUGGUCACUAGUGUGAAUUUUGUACACAAGCUGAGAUUUUGAUGUUUUAACU